GCAGCGGCUCAGUCGCUCAGUCAGUCUCGGGCUGUCCGGCCAGGGUGGUUGGUGGUGAGGAUUCAGGCUCCGUCCUAACGAGGCCGCGGCCUGAGGCUCAGGGCCCCCAGCCCCUCCCUCCCAGCUCACGAGCGUCACCCCCCAGCCCCGAGCUGGACCGCACACCUUGGGACACGGUUUUCCACUUCCUGAGGACGAGCCCCAGACUGGAGGAGAGGUCCGAGGAGGUGGGCGUUGGACUCUUUGCGAGGACCCCGGCGGCGGGCCCGGGGGAGGCGGCCGAGGCGGAGGCCGGGGGCGACAUGGCGGAGGAGCAGGACCUGUCGGAGGUGGAGCUGAGCCCCGUGGGCUCCGAGGAGCCCCGCUGCCUGUCCCCGGGGAGCGCGCCCUCGCUGGGGCCCGACGGCGGCGGCGGCGGUGGGUCGGGCCUGCGAGCCAGCCCGGGGCCCGGCGAGCUGGGCAAGGUCAAGAAGGAGCAGCAGGACGGCGAGGCGGACGAUGACAAGUUCCCCGUGUGCAUCCGCGAGGCCGUCAGCCAGGUGCUCAGCGGCUACGACUGGACGCUGGUGCCCAUGCCCGUGCGCGUCAACGGCGCCAGCAAGAGCAAGCCGCACGUCAAGCGGCCCAUGAACGCCUUCAUGGUGUGGGCGCAGGCGGCGCGCAGGAAGCUGGCCGACCAGUACCCGCACCUGCACAACGCCGAGCUCAGCAAGACGCUGGGCAAGCUCUGGAGGCUGCUGAACGAGAGUGACAAGCGUCCCUUCAUCGAGGAGGCCGAGCGGCUCCGUAUGCAGCACAAGAAGGACCACCCGGACUACAAGUACCAGCCCCGGCGGCGGAAGAAUGGGAAGGCGGCCCAGGGGGAGGCGGAGUGCCCCGGCGGGGAGGCUGAGCAAGGCGGGGCCGCCGCCAUCCAGGCCCACUACAAGAGCGCCCACCUGGACCACCGGCACCCAGGAGAGGGCUCCCCGAUGUCGGACGGGAACCCUGAGCACCCCUCAGGCCAGAGCCAUGGCCCACCCACCCCUCCAACUACCCCAAAGACAGAGCUGCAGUCGGGCAAGGCAGACCCCAAGCGGGAUGGGCGCUCCAUGGGGGAGGGCGGGAAGCCUCACAUCGACUUCGGCAACGUGGACAUCGGUGAGAUCAGCCACGAGGUAAUGUCCAACAUGGAAACCUUUGAUGUGGCUGAGUUGGACCAGUACCUGCCACCCAACGGGCACCCAGGCCAUGUGGGUAGCUACUCGGCAGCUGGCUACGGGCUGGGCAGCGCCCUGGCCGUGGCCAGUGGACACUCCGCCUGGAUCUCCAAGCCGCCAGGCGUGGCUCUGCCCACGGUCUCACCACCUGGUGUGGAUGCCAAAGCCCAGGUGAAGACAGAGACCGCGGGGCCCCAAGGGCCCCCACACUACACCGACCAGCCGUCCACCUCGCAGAUUGCCUACACCUCCCUUAGUCUGCCCCAUUACGGCUCCGCCUUUCCCUCCAUCUCCCGCCCCCAGUUCGACUACUCUGACCAUCAGCCCUCCGGACCCUAUUAUGGCCAUUCGGGCCAGGCCUCUGGCCUCUACUCAGCCUUCUCCUAUAUGGGGCCCUCACAGCGGCCCCUCUACACGGCCAUCUCUGACCCCAGCCCCUCAGGGCCCCAGUCCCACAGCCCCACACACUGGGAGCAGCCAGUAUAUACGACGCUGUCCCGGCCUUAA